AUGUCACGCAUCUGCUUGCUCCUCGUGGGGCUCCUCCUCCUCGCCGUCAAUGUCACCGCUCAGCAGUAUGUGGGCGCCAACUACACGAACUCGAUGCCAAGCGUAGGCGGCUCGGAGGUCACCUUUUGGAACAUCAAGAGCGCCACAGGCAAGAAUACAUCGCUCCUCAACUACCACAUUCUGGGCACUAAUGGCAAACGUCAAGAUCCAAAGAAGGUCAAGAAGGCUGUCAUCAUCAUUCACGGUCUUGGCCAAGAUCCGCAGCUGUACAUGUCCAACGCUCUCAAUGCCUUGAGCCAGGCCAACUCGAACAACGGCGCCGCCAACGCAGACAGCAUUGCCAUUGUCGCGCCCCUCUUUGCCAACGGCAACCAGAAGAACGUCGCGUAUCCCUGGACGGAUGGACUCGCGGCUGGUCAGGGCUCUACGUCGCUCGCCCUCGUCUGGAAGGGAGCGAAUUGGGCAUCUGGCCUCAACAAUCAGUACCCUUACAAGAUCGCCGACGUCUCCUCCUACGCGGUGCUCGACCAGAUGACGCAAUACUUUGCGAACAAGGCCAUUUACCCCAACCUGAACCAGAUCGUCGUUGCAGGUCACUCUCUCGGCGGCCAGACAGUGCAGCGCUAUGCCGCCAUUGGCAAGCAGCUGGGCCUCUCGACGCCCAUUCGCUUCUGGAUCGGAAACCCCAACGACUACGUCUACAUGAGCGACAAGCGUCCCGUCUACCGCGACCCUGGAGCCGUCUGCCCAACCUACGACGCCUGGCGAGCAGGUCUAGGUAGUGAUCUGCCCACCUACAACACCGACCUCACGAAUCAGGGCCGCGCUGCAGUCCUCGCCAAUUACAACAGCCGCUCCAAGAUCUACGCUCGCGGCACGCAAGACUUUGGAGAGGACUCGUCUUCGUGUAACCCCUUGACCGCCGGCGCCAAUCGCGAUGAGCGCUUCCUCGCCCAAAUUGCCGCUUUCCCUCCUCAAUCGAUCGACAACGUCGACUACACGCCCGUUGGGCACGACAAUGGCGCCAUGAUGGCCAGCCCCGCAGGUCAGGCGCGCCUCUUCUUGGACAAUCUCAACGGUGACGGCUCGCGCCACGCCGACUUUGGCAAUCGCCUUCAAGCCGGAGACAGCCCGCAGCCCGAUCCUGCCAAUGCGCCUCCUCCGGCCAUUGUCGGUACAGGAGCGGCUGGCAUGACGUUCCAGGGAUGCUACUCCGACAACUCUGACGACUCGACUGGACACGCGCUCCCCGUCUCCGUCAACUCUGGCAACUCCGUCGAGGCCUGCACGGCAGCCUGCUCAUCUGCGGGCUACUCUAUCGCUGGCAUGCUCGGCGGUGGCCAAUGCCUGUGCGGCAACACUCUCUCCUACCAAGCCAUGAAGGUCGUAGACCGAGCGUGCCUCACGCCGUGCAACGACAACUCGGCAGAGUACUGCGGAGGCUACCAGCGCCUUUCGAUUUGGUCUGGCGGAGCACCCUCGCAGCGACCCGCAAGCUCAACAGUGGCUUCGUCAGGCAGCUUCAACUACAUCGGCUGCUACACCGACGACGUCAGCAACCGCACUCUCAACGCCUACAGUACCGCCUCUGACGCCAUGACCAUCGAAAGCUGUGCGGCCUCGUGCGCAGGGUACAAGUACAUGGGUCUGGAGUGGUCGCGAGAGUGCUUCUGCAGCAACACGCUUGGCGGUGCCCUCACGACAGCGUCGGAGUGCAGCUAUCUUUGCUCGGGCAACAAUACGCAGCUGUGCGGUGCUAGCUCGAGGCUGACCGUCUACAACAACACGGCGCCGGCUGCCACGACGACUGCUACGUCUACCACUGCCACCACCACUGCGACUACCGCCUCUACCUCGACGACUACAACGUCGUCCGCCGCUCCCUCCCCGUCGGGCUACCAAGGCUGCGUGGUGGACAAUGGCUCGCAGGGCCGUCUCCUCUCUCGGCAGGCCUACUCGAGCGACAACAAUACCGUCGAGUUGUGCACCGCAGCUUGCUCGGCCCUUCAGCUCAGCAUCUCCGGACUCGAGUGGGGUCGAGAGUGCUGGUGUGGUUCGCAGCUCAACUACGCGGCCGUGACUGCCACUGACUGCACAAUGCCUUGCACGGGCAACGCGUCGCAGAUUUGCGGAAAUGGCAAUCGCCUCUCCCUGUACAGCGCACAGAGCGGCACCGUCCCCGUUGCGGCGACUCCGCAAGCAGCAUCUGCCACCAAGGACGGCAGCUACACCCUCUCUGGCUGCUACACCGACUCGGUCAGCCAGCGAGUGCUCACCGUCGGCAAGCCUGGUGGGUCAGUAGAGGCCUGCCAGGCUUCUUGCGCCGGCUACCCGAUUUUUGGUGUCGAGUACGGCGGCGAGUGCUACUGUGACCAGGCGCUGGGUAGCACUGCCGUGAAGAAGGACGUGAGCGAGUGCAAUAUGCCCUGCUCGAGCGACUCGACGGAGCUUUGUGGUGCCGGAGACAGGAUCCUGGUGUACACCAAGGCGGGUGGUGCAGCUACGAGCACCGCGACGUCCACGACGACGGCGAGCAGCACUACCGCCACCUCUGCUUCGACGACCGUGACCGACUCGUCCACCGCGACCACGAGCACGACGAGCACCGCCUCCACCACGAGCACCUCAUCAACCGCGACCACCUCAUCGUCUACGUCCACCACCACAUCCGCCGCGACCACCUCAACGUCGACCUCGACCUCGACGUCCGCCUCGAGCACACCCACCACCGCAGUCCCCUCCGGCUACACCGACAAGGGCUGCUACCUCGAUGACGGCGGCUCGCGCACUCUCUCUUCCGCCUCGUACUCGCAGUCAGACAACACCCCCGCCAAGUGCUCAGCCUUCUGCUCAGCCAAGGGCUUCCGCUACUCUGGCACCGAGUACUCCUCGGAGUGCUACUGCGGCAACACUCUCGCCAACAGCGCUGCCUCUUCUGGCUGCUCGAUGACCUGCUCGGGCGACAACGGCCAGCUCUGUGGCGGGCCAAACCGCCUCAACGUCCUCGAGGACCAGAGCUGGAAGCAGACCUUCUUCACCGUCUCGCGCUACGACCGCUGGAACUUCACCGACUGCGCAGUCGACUCAGUCUCUGCUCGUUUGCUGCCCAUGAGCCCCUCGGUGCCUGGCGGCGCCAACAAGAUGACAGUCGAGUCAUGCCUGGACGCAUGCGCUUCUGCGAACAUGACCUGGUGUGGUCUCGAGUACGCCAGCGAGUGCUACGGCGCCAAGGACCAGCCUAACUACACGGCUGCGCCCACUCCCGCUGGUGGGAGCUCAAAGGAUCCGACGACGAGGGGUUGUUCGAUGCCCUGCAAGGGCAACUCGACGAUUGCUUGCGGUGGCAGCAGCAGGAUGAACCUGUACCAGUUCGAUGCAUCUGCUAGCCCUGUGCAGGGGACGCAAUUGCUUGAUGUGGGGAACUAGGUAACACCGAAGAGAGGGAGGGAGGUUUUCUCAGGACCCACACUAGAUACUCUGUAAAUCAGC